GUUGUUCUACCCCCCUGCCCCCCUCCCCCUCCCCGUAGUCAGCAGCCAUCAAAGUAUCAACAUACUUUGAAGUGACCCACGUGAUUUUGACUUAGUCGUUUCAUUGAAAUUUGUCAAAACUAUUUGACUGUCUGAUAUUUUUUCAAAAUGGGCAAAACGAAGAAGACGAGGAAGAUCGUUACUCAGAGGUUUGCUCAGAUGAAAAAGAUGAUAAGUCAGAGCGAUCCUCGAAUCAAAGCAGUUAAACGGGAAGAACCAAAAAAGAAAAGGAAGGAGGAUCCGAAUCAAUUAAAAAUUGUUGAUGCGCCUCAAACUUCAUCCGCCUUAUUUUUCCAGUACAAUACCCAAUUGGGGCCCCCAUAUCGCAUUUUAAUUGAUACAAAUUUUGUAAAUUUUUCUAUCAAAUACAAACUUGAUAUUGUUCAAAAUAUGAUGGACUGUCUUUAUGCCAAAUGCAUUCCCUACAUCACCGAUUGCGUUCUGGCUGAGCUGGAAAAGCUAGGACAAAAAUACAAAGUAGCACUUAGAAUAAUCAAAGAUCCAAGGUUUGAAAGAUUACCAUGUAUGCACUUAGGAACUUAUGCUGACGAUUGCCUAGUUCAAAGAGUAACUCAGCACAAAUGCUACAUUGUUGCAACAUGUGACAAAGAUCUUAAGCGUAGAAUAAGGAAAGUCCCUGGUGUUCCCAUCAUGUACAUUUCACAACACAGGUUUACUAUUGAGCGCAUGCCAGAUGCUUAUGGUGCGCCUAAAACUUGAUUUUAGUGCCUGCGAGUCUACUUAAAUACCCAGGACUUGUGUCAUAAUAUUAGAGUUUUCUUUACUCUGUGAAAUUAAUGAUAUUGAAAUAAUCUAAAGUACCUUAAAUUAUACUACAGGGUCACACUACUCUUAAUUAAAGACCGUCUUCUCUUA